UAAACCCGCUUCUGCUUCAGGCCUGAAGCAGGUUGCUGUCCGUCAACUAUCAUGGAGACGCUGCUUAAGCAGGAGCUGGGAUACAGCUCAGUCAAAGCUACGGGUCACUCGGGAGGCGGGUGCAUUAGCCAGGGCCAGAGUUACGAUACGGACAGAGGACGAGUGUUUGUGAAAGUGAACUCCAAGGCAGAGGCUAAAAGAAUGUUUGAAGGUGAAAUGGCAAGUUUAACUGCCAUCAUGAAGACAGAGACAGUGAAAGUACCUAAGCCUAUCAAGGUUCUCGAUGCCCCAGGAGGUGGGAGUAUGCUGGUGAUGGAGCAUUUGGAUAUGCGGUAUCUGAGCAGUCAUGCCGCCAAGCUUGGGGCCCAGCUUGCAGAUCUACACCUUGAGAACAAGAAGCUUGGAGAGCAGCUCCUGAAGGAGGCUGGCACUGUGGGAAAAGGAAGUGGACAGGAAGAACGGCUCUUUGUGGACCAGUUUGGGUUUGAUGUAGUGACAUGCUGUGGAUACCUCCCCCAGGUAAAUGACUGGCAGAAGGAUUGGGUCACAUUCUAUGCCAGGCAGCGCAUUCAGCCCCAGAUGGACAUGGUGGAGAAGAGGUCUGGAGACCGGGAAGCUCUUGAGCUGUGGUCUGCUCUGCAGUUGAAGAUUCCUGACCUGUUCCAUAAUCUGGAAAUUGUGCCCUCCUUACUUCACGGAGACCUCUGGGGAGGGAAUGUAGCAGAAGAUUCCUCUGGGCCCAUCAUUUUCGAUCCAGCUUCCUUCUACGGCCACUCAGAAUAUGAGCUGGCAAUAGCCGGCAUGUUUGGGGGCUUCAGUAGCUCCUUUUACUCUGCCUACCACAGUAAAAUCCCUAAAACCCCAGGAUUUGAGAAGCGCUUGCAGCUGUAUCAGCUCUUUCACUAUCUGAACCACUGGAAUCAUUUUGGAUCUGGGUACAGAGGAUCCUCUCUAAACAUAAUGAGGAAUCUCAGCAAAUGAACUGGCCAGAGGGCAGAGUCUCUUAUGAGUGUGAUGGAUCUUCUAAUAAGAUGACUCCAUGUCUAGAUCAAGUCUUACCAUCAAAGCAUCACUGUGAACUGAAGGAAGUGCCUCAGAGUCAGGUGGUCAGAUUCCAACUAUUUGGUCAAGGAGCUCAUGAUUUGCUACAGUCCUUUCCCUCACGAAUUCUUCCCAUUUACUCCAUGGCUGGAUUUGCUUAAGAUCCUUUGAUGUUUUGUUUCUCAGCUUUGUAAAGUAUGGGUUAUUUCAGAGGAAAGAUUAUACAAUUCUGAAGUUGUGUACGCUGUAAAACUGGCUAGAUUAGGCCUCCCUGGUGAUAUGAACAGAGACUUAUGAAGUUUAGGUAUAGUGAGCCACACUCCACUGCAAAGGUAAAGAACUGUGAGUGACUGUGUUGGUGUGGUGGCUGGUGUCCACUGUGCCCUUCUCCCAUCGCUUCCUUCUUGUCUAUUAUCAUUUCUGCGCUGUUCACAAUGAUGCUUUGUGAUGGUUUGAUCUAGACGUGAAGUCAUCUUGUUAGAAGAUUUGAGUAAUGACCAACUCUAAAAUCAAUGAUAUUCCCUUUGCUUGUAUAGUGCUUCUGAACCCUGCUACAAGCUGAGCAGGUCUGGAGAUUGGUUUGGGGACUGAUCAAGCUACCAACCUUAGGGUAACUUGGCUCAGUUUAGGAGCCUGGAAACAUUCCUGUUAUGCCAGCUUUGUGCUGUUUUCUUUUCUUUUUCUUGUUCUUGUUUUUUUUUUUUUUUUUUUUUUGGUUUUCAAGACAGGGUUUCUCUGUGUAGCCCUGGCUGUCCUGGAACUCACUCUGUAGACCAGGCUGGCCUCAAACUUAGAGAUCCUCCUGCCUCUACCUCCCAAGUGCUGGGAUUAAAGGUGUGCAUCACCACUACCACCACUACCACCACCCCCCUCACCACCACCACCACCACCCUCACCACCACCACCACCACCACCACCCUGCUUUGUGCUGUUUUCUAAAGUUGUCAUUUCCUUGCAACAUAUGAGCAUCUGUGUUAAUUUUUUUUUCUGUUUUCAACAUUGUAGAAAUAGAAAAUUUCAUGAAUGACAUUGAUGUUGAUAAAUCUUUUUGCCUAAAAAUUUGAAUAAAAUUGCAGUUGUUUCAGUGA